AUAUCACCCUGAAUGGGAUGCAUAAAAGCAGUGAGCUUUGAGGCUUCCUACAGUUGAGAACUCAAGUUUCAACGGAGAGGUCAAAAUGAAGAUAUCUGUUUUCUUGGCUUUGUUUUGCUUUGUACUCGCUGUUGGCUUUUCAGUGGCGGUAACUGAAAUUGACUUGGCCAACAUGGCAGAUGAAUUUGUAGCAGAAAAACUUCCAGGUGAAGAAUACGUGAAAGAGAGCGAUGAAGACCUCGAUGAGAAAGACUUAAGGGACAAUGAUAUGGCAAUCCCCAGAAGAGAAAACGAUAUGGCGACCGAUGACGAGGAGGUUGACGAAGGACCAUUCGAUAAUGACGAAGAUGACGAAGAUGAUAUGGAGGCAGUAGAAAAGUCAGCUGACCCCCAACGCCGAAAGCUCGCCGCUUUCGUCGCGGUCGCUGCGUUCCCCCCAGUCGCCGCGGUCGCCGCGUUUCCCCUGGUCACAGCGGUCGCCGCAGUGGCCGCUCUCGCGGUAGAAUACGCGGUUAACGAAGACCAUAUCAGUAAUGGAAUAAACAAUGGAUGGAUAAAGGUCUUGAUGAAUACUCCUCGGCUUCCGUUUAAAUAUAAUGGGAGUUUGAUUUGCUUCUUGGAUUAUAGUGGAG